AUGGCGGUUACACUACUUGGCUCCUCUAUCUUCGGUCUCUCCCGCAUCUCGUCUUCCUCAAGAGAAGGAGUUCACAACGCUGAUCUCUGCUAUUCAAAACGUAAGUAUCGACUCACUGAGAUCAAAUCCGUAGCAUCGUCGACGACUCCUCCUGGAGGUAAUCGAAUCCAACGGAAGAAUAAGGAUGAAGACGGAGCAACGGUGGCGAAGAGUCCGUAUUGGAAAGUGGAGGCGGCGCGUCCGGAUUUGAAAAAGAGCUUGUCGGACUUUUUGGACGAAGCGAGAGAUUUCGCCGGAGAUGAUGGUCCGCCUCGUUGGUUUUCUCCGUUGGAGUCCGCCGCUCAAGCUCCAGACUCUCCUCUCCUCCUUUUUUUACCUGGGAUCGAUGGUACUGGACUUGGGCUGAUUCGCCAUCACAAGAAACUCGGCGAGAUUUUUGAUAUAUGGUGCCUUCACAUUCCAGUCAAGGAUCGUACUCCUGCUAAAGACUUGGUGAAGCUUAUUGAGAGGACAAUAAAGUCAGAGAACAAUCGGUUCCCAAAUAGACCAAUAUAUAUAGUUGGAGAUUCUAUUGGAUCAUGUCUUGCGUUAGAUGUUGCAGCCAGGAAUCCCAACAUCGAUCUUGUUCUGAUCUUGGCUAAUCCAGCCACACAUGUCAACAACUUCCUGUCGCAACCUCUAUCAGGAAUGUUGAAUAUUUUGCCAGAUGGAGUUCCAACACUAUUGGAAGAAAUAUUUGGCUUUAAGCAAGGCGAUCCAUUGACUGCAAUGUUAGACGCUUUGACGAAUGAAAUUGCUGUUCAUCAAAUUGGUGGAGUGGGUGGAGGGAUGCUAAGAGAUCUCUUUGCAGUUUCAUGUAAUCUUCCUACUUUGAGUAAGAUCUUCCCAAAGGACACACUGCUAUGGAAGCUGGAGCUGCUUAAGUCUGCUAUUGCAUCUGCCAAUUCUCACAUAUACGCUGUCAGAGCUGAAACUAUGAUUCUUCUUAGUGGACGCGAUCAAUGGCUGCUGAACGAGGAAGACAUUGACAGAUACUCUCGCACAUUGCCAAAAUGUUUAGUCCGUAGGCUUAAAGACAAUGGACAGUUUCUAUUUUUGGAGGAUGGUGUAGAUCUGGUUACUAUCAUCAAGGGUACUUGUUUUUACCGCCGUGGCAAGUCUCAUGAUCACCUUAAGGAUUACAUAAUGCCUACACCAUUUGAGUUAAAACAACAAUUAGACGACCACAGAUAUCUGAUAGAUGGUACUUCACCUGUAAUGCUAUCAACUCUAGAAAACGGUAAAGUUGUAAGGGGUCUUGGAGGAGUACCUUCAGAAGGACCUGUUCUUUACGUUGGCUAUCACAUGUUAUUAGGGUUUGAGUUAGCUCCAUUCUUAACUCAGUUCUUGAAAGAGAAGAACAUUCACGUGCGCGGUUUGGCACAUCCGCUGAUUUUCAUAAACAACACCGAGUUAGUGGAUCCACAGAUGUUUGACAAAUAUAAGAUAAUGGGUGGAGUUCCUGUCUCCAACUUCAGUAUCUACAAACUACUUCAGUCAAAGUCUCAUGUGCUUUUGUACCCUGGGGGUGUCCGUGAAGCUUUGCAUCGAAAGGGUGAAGCGUACAAGUUGUUCUGGCCGGAGCAAGCCGAGUUUGUGAGAGUUGCAUCUAAAUUUGGAGCCAAAAUCGUUCCUUUUGGUGCUGUUGGAGAAGAUGACAUCUGCGACCUUGUCCUGGAUGCGGAUGAUCAAAGGAAAAUUCCUUUCCUAAAUGAUUUCAUUGAAGAGGCAACAAGACAAGCUGGAAACUUAAGGGAAGGUGACGAUAGCGAAUUGGGAAAACAAGAAACCUAUUUCCCAGGGCUUCUACCUAAGAUCCCGGGGCGGUUCUACUAUUACUUUGGAAAACCAAUUGAAACAGCAGGCAAGGAACAAGAGCUACGAGAUAAGGAGAAGGCUCAAGAGCUUUACUUGCAAGUCAAGUCUGAGGUCGAACAAUGCAUUGCAUAUUUGAAAGUGAAAAGAGAGAGUGAUCCAUACAGAAACUUGUUGCCGAGGAUCUUGUAUCAGGCCUCACAUGGUUUCUCUUCUGAAAUUCCGACCUUUGAUCUCUGA